ACCGAGGAUCGCGAGAACAUCCUUUGCCAAAUGUCGCCGGGCUUCUCGUGUGUCAAGUACUCCUACAUAUUCAAAGGCGGAAUCCAGAACAUCACGUACAUGUGCGCCAGGGUGAACAUCAGCAAUGGCUGCUAUCGACAGACCCAUCCCACUGGCAUGCAGGUCGAGGCCUGUGUGUGCACCUCCCGAGUCGGUCUAAUACCCUGUAAUGGCUGCUCUUCCAGCACUCAAACGAUGCAUGUAAUGGGCCUGGCCCUAUGUUUGCUCAAUGUUUAUCAAUUGCUGAAUAAAUAUCGAAUAGUUUGA